AGGCUGGGGCUGCUGGGGCAGUGCUUGACCUGAAAUAUAGAUAUCUUCCAGGAUGCUGGAGUCCUAUGUAACUCCUAUUUUGAUGAGUUAUGUGAAUCGCUACAUAAAGAACUUGAAGCCUUCAGAUCUGCAGUUGUCACUCUGGGGAGGAGAUGUUGUGCUUAGUAAACUUGAAUUAAAGUUGGAUGUACUUGAACAGGAGCUGAAACUGCCAUUUACGUUUUUAAGCGGGCACAUUCAUGAACUUCGGAUUCACGUGCCAUGGACAAAAUUGGGAUCAGAACCAGUUGUCAUCACUAUCAAUACAAUGGAGUGCAUCUUGAAGUUAAAGGAUGGUGCUCAGGAAGACCACGAAAGUUGUGGUUCCAGUUCAACAAAUCGCAGUACCACGGAAAGCAUGAAAUCAGCAGUAAAACCACGACGAGUUCAGCAGUCUGCUUCUCCUGACCCUGAUUUGCCUCCAGGUUAUGUUCAGAGUUUGAUUAGGCGUGUUGUAAACAAUGUCAACAUUGUGAUCAACAAUCUCAUAUUAAAGUAUGUGGAGGAUGAUAUUGUUCUCUCAGUCAAUAUAACUUCCGCAGAAUGCUAUACAGUGGAUGAGUUUUGGGAUCGAGCAUUUAUGGACAUCUCUGCCACUGAUCUGGUACUGAGAAAGAUGAUCAACUUUUCUGACUGCACAGUAUGUCUUGAUAAGAGAAAUGCUAGUGGUAAAAUUGAAUUUUACCAGGAACCUCUGCUGUACAAAUGCUCCUUCAGGACUCGUCUGCAUUUCACUUAUGAUAACCUCAACUCCAAAAUGCCAUCUAUUAUUAAAAUUCACACAUUAGUUGAAAGUUUGAAACUUUCAAUCUCUGAUCAGCAGCUUCCUAUGUUUAUACGUAUAAUGCAGCUUGGGAUUGCUCUGUAUUAUGGAGAAAUAGGCAACUUCAAAGAUGGGGAAAGUGAAGAUUUGAUUUGCCACACUAAAGAUAUGUUGGGAAAUAUCGCAGGUAAAGAAGAUGAAACAAGCUCAGUAAUGCAAUAUCCGACACAGUAUCAAGAUCCUUAUUUGCAUCAAGACGAUGACCAGCAACAGGGAUGGGUAUCUUGGGCUUGGUCGUUUGUCCCUGCCAUUGUGAGUUACGAUGAUGAAGAGAAUGAUUCUAGUGGAAUUGAUGAUGGAACAAUGUUACAUCAGCAGAAAUCUCAGUCCCUAAAGGAUCCUAUUAUUUCCGUUGGGUUUUACUGUACGAAGGCAACAGUGACUUUUAAGCUCACUGAAAUGCAAGCUGAAAGUAGUUAUUACAGUCCUCAGAAAGUAAAAUCCAAAGAAGUUAUAUGCUGGGAACAAGAAGGAACAACAGUUGAGGUCCUUAUGAAAGGUGAACUUUUCUUUGAUUGCCAAAUUGGUUUUGUUGGUUGCCAAGCUAUGUGCCUUAAAGGAAUUAUGGGAAUUAAAGAUUUUGAAGAGAACAUGAAUCGGAGUGAUGAAGAGGCCUACUUCUUUAAUUGUGGAGAAAAUUUGAGUGCGAAAGGGAUGACAUAUCUUACCAAUUCACUGUUUGAUUACCGAAGUCCAGAAAAUAAUAGUAUUCGGGCAGAAUUUAUAUUGGAUGCAGCUCAUCAUAAGGAGACGUACACAGAGAUAGCUGGAAUGCAGAGGUUUGGGGCUUUCUACAUGGAUUACUUGUACACAAUGGAAAGCACCAGUGGCAAAGUCUCUGGGAAUCAGCAAGAUCUUUCUUCAGUGAAGAGUGAAGAUUUUGGAAAUGUUCAGGAGAUGUCCACAAAAAGCCUCAUUGUGGGCCCACUCAAUCUUCGCCUGGAUAGCAGCGCAGUACACCGGAUAAUGAAAAUGAUAGUCUGUGCUCUGGAACAUGAGUAUGAGCCAUACAGCAAAACUAAGCCAGAUAGUACAGAUGGAAACAGAACUGUGCCAAGCUCAGAAGAAAUAGCAUCACUAGAGGAAUACAUUCCCACUCGACUUACAACAUUCACUGUUCUCAAGUGUACAAUUAUAAUCCCUGUGGCAGAAUUCAAUUUACUAGACCACUUGCUCCCCAUAAUCAUGGGUGAGAAGAAUUUCACUGGGGUGUUGAAUCCUGCAAGUUUCCAUCCCCUGCGGCCUUUACCUUCCAUCCGAAUUUUGGUGGAUAAGGUUAACCUGGAGCAUUCAGUGCCGAUGUAUGCUGAGCAACUGGUGCAUGUGGUCAGCAGCCUUGGCCAGCCAUCUGACAACCUGCUUCAUUACUGUUACUCACACUGCUAUCUGAAGGUAUUUGGUUUUCAAGCAGCACUGACUUCUUUGGACAGUAAAGGAUUAUACUGCAUCCCUGUUCCAGUUAUCCCCUCAUUCAGUACUGCUCUUUAUGGCAAGCUGAUCAAGUUUCCCAAAUAUUGGACCAAGCGAGCUCAUGUCCCACUAACAGAAUGCAUUUUUGAGCUCCCUAAUUUGACCGUUCAAGCAACCAGAGCUCAAACCCUUCUGCUUCAAACUAUUUAUCAGAGUUGGUGUCAUCCUGUUGAACAUGUCAGUUCAGUGGUGGUGAAUGAACAUUUACUGAAUGAGGUUUUCCAAACUUCAGGUGUGAAAUCUAAGAAUCCCCUGCCAACUCUUGAGGGCUCAAUCCAGAAUGUUGAAUUGAAGUACUGCAGCACAUCAUUGGUCAAAUGUGCCUCUGGGACCAUGGGAUCAAUAAAAAUUUGUGCCAAAGCCCCAGGUGACGGUGGAAAAGAGAAGCUGAUUCCUUUAAUUCAAGGCCCUUCUGAUACCAGAGACUUACACAGCAGUAAAUGGCUCAAUGAGAGUAGAAAGCCAGAAUCUCUUUUAGCUCCAGAUUUGGUAGCCUUUACAAUCCAAAUUCCACAGUAUAUGGACUACUGCCAUAAUUCUGGUGCAGUUCUCCUGUCCAGUGUACAAGGAUUAGCAAUUAAUGUUGAUCCAGUCCUGUAUACUUGGCUUAUCUACCAACCUCAAAAACGAGCUGGUAGACACAUUCAGCAG